AUGUUCAAAUUUCCAAAUGCUAACGCGACCAGGGCUCAUCAGAAAGACGGAUCGGGAGCUGAGCGGCCACCAGGAGUCGGAGGGGAAGCAAGAGCAGUAGCAAAAGCGGAGGCUAAGGUCGCGGAGGGUAGAGGCGAACGGUCGGACGAAGAAGAAGAAGAAGAAGAAGGAGAAGAAGAAGGACAAGAAGAAGCAGAAGAAGAAGCAGAAGCAACAAGCGCCGCUAGCUUUGAUAGCUCUGUGAUAUUUAAAACUGAACGAGAUGAUUGUAUUGAACAAACAAACAAUAUAAUUGACAAUGGUUGA